UAAAACUGUACAGGCAGUAAUGCAUCUGUGGUAAUACAAAAAUGUUUAUCUCGUUUAUAUGUAGUGUACAACCUGUGAGAAUUCGGGUGUACGUAAACACGUAUUAAUUCUGUACUUGUAUGUCAAUAUAUUUUAUGGAACACUAAAAUGAACAGCGACUAUAAUUACGAUGUUAUUGUUGUCGGUGCUGGAAUAGAAGGGUCAGCAACCUCAUACCAGUUAGCCAAGAAAGGUAAAUCUACAUUACUACUGGAACAGUUUCCUAUUCCACAUAAUCGUGGAAGUUCACAUGGCCAGACCCGAAUCACAAGGAAAGCUUAUGGCGUGUAUAAACACUAUGCCAUUAUGAUGGAGGAGGCUUAUAACUCCUGGAAUCUUCUGGAAAAAGAAACUAACACUACACUGUAUCAUGAGACUGGAAUGUUGUGCACUGGUCCAAGAGACAAUACAUUUAUAAAUGGGACUAUAGAAUUCUCAAAGACAAACGGAAUACCAGUAGAAGUUACAAACCAAAAUGAUAUAGGGAACAAAUAUCCUAGGAUGACAUUUCCAACGAAUUAUGUGUUUGUUCUAGAUACAUGUGCUGGGAUACUCUUAGCUGAUAAGGGGCUACGAGCUUUUCAGGAUAUAUUCAGACAAAAUGGUGGCAUAUUGAAGGACAACGAAGCACUAACUAAUAUUAUCCCUGGGUCAGUGAUAACUGUACAGACGACGAAAGGACAGUAUACAUGUAAAAGUAUUAUCUUAACUGUCGGACCAUGGGCAAAACAACUCUUACCAACGUUAGGGAUACACAUACCAUUGAAGCCAAUAAGAAUAAACGUAUGUUACUGGAAAGAGAAAAAUCCAGGAGAAUACGGAUUAGGCAAAUUCCCAACGUUUUAUGAGAGUGAAGCUAUUGAUGGAAAAUACAGUGUAUACGGUUUACCUAGUAUGGAAUAUCCUGGUUAUGUCAAGAUGUGUUUGGGAUGGGGUCCAGAUGUCGACCCAAACGACAGAGAUUUUGUAAAUGAUCAAUGGGUUAUAUCCAAAAUCAAGAAAUAUGUUGCUGACCAUUUUCCUAAUCUCCAUUCAGAACCAAGCAUAGUGGAACCAUGCAUAUACACGAUGGUACCUGAUGAAGAUUUUGUAUUAGACAAACAUCCAAAGUGGUCAAAUAUAAUCAUUGGAGUAGGCUUUUCUGGUCAUGGAUUUAAACUUGGACCAGUUGUCGGUAAAGUAUUAGCAGAAUUAGCCCUUGGAGAGACCCCAUCGUACGAUAUAAGUCCAUGUAGAUUAAACCGUUUUACCUUUCAAUCUAAAAUGUAACAAAGAUUUAUUUAAUUAUUCUAACAGGAAAUAAAAUUCAGUGUGUAUUAACAUAAGAAAAUCAUUUGAGACAAUAUCAAGUUCAUAUUUCUUAGUACAGUAUUUUGGACGACAAGAGUUGAUUGCAAUGGACACAAUCUUGAUUUCUUUUCCAGUCUGUUUGAGGCAAUUGCUGUUUUAUGGUUAAUAUGCAUGUAUAUAUUAGAACAUUUUAAAACUUCGUCCACAACAUAUGUACAAACAUUUAAAAAAAAACAUUAAAUGGAAUCGCAAAGUC